AUGGCGGUGCCAGCGACGCCGGAUUCCGUCAGGCACGUUCCGGCUGACCCCGUCGCAGCAGCGUUAGCGGCGGCAGCGGUGGCGAGCCCAGCCAUGAAGCGCGCCGAGCUGCGCGCCGCCGUGAAGGAGCUGCGCGACCGAUGCCUGUUCCAGGCGUCCGCGUGGGCCGCAGAGCAGCUAAUCGGCUUGCCCGCCAUGCCCUCCCAGUCAAACGCUGCAGCUGGGGACAGCAGAGAGGAGAGAGGAGCAAGGGACGAGCAGGCAGGGGCAGCCAAGGCAGAGACGCGGAUAGGCCAGGCAGCAGGGACGAAGGGGGCAGGAGGGACGAUGGGAGAGGCGGAAGGAGAGGCGAAGGGUGGGGCAAAAGGGCAGGAGGCAGUGGAGAAGGAGGAGGAUUCGGACGAAGUGCUGUUCGCGCGGUCGCUCUUUGACGUGAGGGAGUUCAGGCGGGCAGCACAUGUCCUGGAGGGGGUGGCAGGGAGGAGAGCACUGUUCCUGCGCUGCUAUGCACUCUACCUGGCAGGGGAGAAGCGGAAAGAAGAGAUUAUCCUAGAAACCUCAUCUCAACAGCAAACCCUACCCGGAACCAACCAGCAGCAGCAGCAAAUCCCCUUCUCUGCCCUCCCCACCUCCUCCUCCCCGGACAAUCCCGCGACUCCUGUGGCCAAUCCUGAGCUGCCACGUGUCCAGGCUGAGCUGGAGCGGGAGCGGGCGGGGGGAAGGCUGGAUGCGUGGGGGAGGUAUCUUCUGGGGGUGGUGCUGGCGCAGAGGGGGAGGGAGGGGGAAGCAAGGAGUUUGCUGUGUGAGAGUGUGCGGGAAUACCCUUGGAACUGGGCUGCAUGGCAACAGAUGGAGCUGGAGCGGGAGCGGGCGGCAGGGAGGUUGGACGCGUGGGGGGGGCAUCUGCUGGGGGUGGUGCUGGCGCAGAGGGGGAGGGAGGGGGAGGCGCGGGUGUUGCUCUGUGAGAGUGUGCAGGAGUAUCCCUGGAACUGGGCUGCAUGGCAACAGAUAGAGCUGUCGUUCUUCCAAUGUUCUUUCGCCCUCUCCCAACCCUUCCCUUCCCCCCCAUCUCCAGGCCCUCUGUCUAGAUCACGACACCUACCUCUCGCUCCUCCCAUCCCUCCCUGCCUACUGGAUGACCCUAUUCGCGGUCUCCUCCCUCCCCUGUUCCUUCCCCCCCCUCCUCCCCCCUACAUGACCUCCCUCCAGGCCCUCUGUCUCGAUCACGACACCUACCUCUCGCUCCUCCCCUCCCUCCCUUCCCACUGGAUGACUCUAUUCGCCCUCUCCUCCCUCCUCCUCUCCCUCCACCGCAACUCCGAAGCCCUCUCCCUCUGCCUACACCUCGCCUCCCCCCCUUCCUCCUCCUCCUCCUCCGCCUCUUCCUGCUCCUUCUCUCACUCCCUCUCUCACUCGACGCAACAUGCAGAAGGCGAGCAGGGAGGCAGGGGGGAGUUGAGGGAUGGGGAUGGGGGACAAGGAAAGGAAGCAGUGUUCACAGAGUUGACCGGCGUUGACCCGUACAGACUAGAAGCUAUGGACACAUUUUCCAACAUCCUCUAUGUGAAGGAGGAUUUUGCUGGUCUCAGUCACCUGGCUCACAGGGUGACAAAGAUCGACAAGUAUCGCCCUGAGACGUGUUGCAUCGUCGGCAAUUAUUUCUCCCUAAAGGGCCGCCAUGAGAGAGCAGUGGCCUACUUCCGCCGGGCCCUGCGCCUCGACCGCUGCUACCUGUCGGCGUGGACGCUGAUGGGGCACGAGUAUGUGGAGAUGAAGAACAGCGCCGGAGCGAUUCAGGCUUAUAGGAGGGCGGUGGAUAUUAAUCCAAGGGACUAUCGCGCGUGGUACGGGCUCGGGCAGACGUAUGAGAUCCUCGCCAUGCCCUACUACGCGCUCUACUACUACCGGAAGGCAGCAUCUCUACGACCCCACGACUCGCGCAUGUGGUGUGCCAUGGGUCAGUGCUACGAGGCACAGCAGCUGCAGCAGCCAGAAGCAGCCAUCCGGUGCUACCGCCGCGCCGUUGCCAGCAACGAGAGCGAAGGCCUGGCUCUGCACAAGCUGUCGAAGCUGUAUGAGGGGCUGGGGCAGAUGAAGCAGGCGGCUCAUUUCUACAAGCGCAAUCUGGACCGAAUGGACUCGGAGCAGGUGGAGGGGCCAGAGCUGGUUGAAGCGCUGCUCUUUCUGGCCACACACCACCGCUCUGAGGGCAGUUUGGCAGAGGCUGAGCGAUAUUCCACUCGUCUCCUCGACUUUGGUGGUCCGGCAAAGGAGGAUGCCAAGGCUCUGUUACGGGAGAUUCGGAGUGUGCACCAGCAUGAGCAUCAGCAGCAUCGCCACCAUGGCAUGGGGGUGUUGUCCCUUCUCGCGUCGCCUCCACGAUCAAGGGCGCACGAUGGCGCUGAUGUCACCGCGAGCGAACCGAGUGGUAGAACCGAGCAGCAGGGUAGCGAGCCGAUGCGCGACGACGAGCGUAGGCCCGAUGACUGCUCGCCUGCUGCUGCUGACGUGCCAUCUGAAGCCACCGCCGUAGUUCACGCCGUAGUCGGAGCUACCGCCGUAGUUGACGCUGCUGAAGUCAUAGCUGCUCCUGCUGACAGGCCGGCUAUGGAUGUUAAGGGUGGAGGUCUGGAAGCGGAAGGAAUGGAGACGGAAGGAACGGAAACGGAGAAACUGGAAACGGAGAAAACGGAGACAAAACGGAUGGAGACGGAAAGUUUAGAGGUGGAAGCACCAGGUUCCGUCGCGCCGAUGGGAAUUGUCAUUGCUUCGUCUGCUCCUGUUAAAGCCGCUGUUCCGAAUCCCGCCGCGACUGCUCCGACUGCUGACGUUAACGGCUCGGUCACCAACGCGCCGGAUCGAACUACUUCCGCUGUAGUUGUGGAAGAGGCGAAAGCAAGUGGAGCAGAGAGAGGAGAAGGACGAGCAGCAGGCAACAAUUUUACCAACCUCGAGCCGACCAUUGCCUCUGAAGCACCUAUAGGCUCGCAAGCACCCAUGGACUCAGCGCCAGCUGCGGCAGAUUCAGUCCCUUCGCACCCCGUGGAGGAACCGUCGCAACAGGUUGAGCAGCCGCUGCCACAGCCGCCGCAGCCGUCACAAGUGACGGUGGAGUCGAGUCAAAAGUCGUCGCAACAGGUAGAGUCGCCGCAGCCAAUAGAGUCGCAGCAACCGGUAGAGCCGCCGCAGCCUCUCGAGGCGCAACAGGCGGAGACCCCACAGGCGGAGACCCUACAGGCGGAGACCCCACAGGCGGAGCCCGCACAGGCGGAGCCCAUGCAGCAAGACUCGCCGCUGCCUGCGGCUCCUACACGAAGUACGCAGCAAUCUGCGCAGCAGUCCGCGCAGCAACCCGCGCAGCAACCCGCGCAGCUACCCGCGCAGCUACCCGCGCAGAAACCCGCGCAGCCAGGUGGGGAAAGCGCAGGGGCAGGAAUGGCGGAUGCGGAAAUGGUUGGGGGUGAUGGGGUGGGGAAAGCACAGGCGAUGGAGGAAGCGGGAGUGGGUGGCGAUAGGCGUCCCCACAUGUUCCCCCCGCAGGCGCACAUGGGCGCGCCUAACACGCACAUGCCCCCCCCCGGGCACAUAGGCGCACCGGGACACAUGCCGCCAGGGGGAGACGUUGUGGGGAUGACCGUAACAGAAGGCAUUCCCAUGACCAUGCAUCCCAUGCACCAUCCCAUGCACCAUACCAUGCCCCAUGCCAUGCCACAUGCCAUGCCCAACGCCAUGCCCCAUGCCAUGCCUCACGCCAUGCCUCCAGGCUCCGUCCUCCCCUCCCAACUCAACCAGCAAGUAUCAGUUCUCCAUCCCACGCCCGUCCACCUCUCUCCCACAUCAAUGGCUAUGGCUUCCUCGGCGAAAUCCGACGGCGCGAUCUCAGCCGUCCCUUCGCUGGACCAGCCGCUGGUGCUCAGCCGAGCCUCAGCCUUGGCGGCGCUCGGAGCUGACCCCGAGGCUUGGAGCCGCAUGUCGGCGGUUCGGCGGCGGGUUGCGGUGACAGGGCAGGUGAAGAAGGAGAUUUGUGAGCUGAAGCUGCAGCUAGGGGACGUGUCUCAAGACGAAAUGGUGGAGCAGGUGUACAGGCGGUAUGGAGUGAAGCUCAGUCGCACAACGGUCUCCAAGAUUCUCAAGGACGCACCCAGGUGGCUGAGAGUGUCGGGAGCAGCAGCCAAGCAGAAGCGCUGCCGCAUGGCAAAAUUUCCUCAGAUGGAGGCUGCUUUGGCUCACUGGUACCGACAGGUGAGUUCAAUGCACGCCAACAUCAGCGAUGCCAUGAUAGUGGACAAGGCCAGACAGCUCUCGGUGGAGCUGAGUAUCCUGCCGGACGAGUUCAAGGUGUCGGACGGCUGGCUCUACCGCUUCAAACGCCGCCACGAGCUGCCCACUGCUCGCAAGCGAGCCCUCCCUGGGAUAAAGCCUGAAGACCAGAUGGGCGAGCACGGGGGAGCACUCCCCUCCUCGCAGCAAGACUCACCAACCGGGGGCAUGCACAGCAGCAUGGGUCCUUACGGUACCAUGCUACCCUAUGGCGACCCAUCCCACAUGCACUCAGCAGCCAUGUCUGGAGGAGCAGGAGGAAGCAGCAGUCAGCACCCCAUGCUCCCACACCAGCAUCACAUGAUCCCGCAUGACCCAUCUGCCAUGGGUGCUGCUGCUGGCUCGGCUGCUGGGACUGCUGGAGCUGGUAUGGGAGGGUCCCUUGGCAUGUCGGGUAUGGUAGGAGGUUCGCUACAGGGAUUGCAAGGCAGCCGCGGAAUGGGGUCUGGUGCUGGGGGACUGGAUGCUGGGGAGGGGAUGGAGGAUGUGAUGGAAGGGAGUGACUCGUAUGGAGAGUCGGAAGAGGAGGAAGAUGAAGGGAUGGAGGGAGGCAGUGGGGGAGAGAGUGGGUUUGGGAUGGGUGGUGGCAGAUGGUCGGCUGGAGGGAGUGGGAUGGGGAAGAGGAUGCAGAUGGCAAUGGCGUCAGCAAUGAGUGGGCUGAGUCCGGUUGAUAUGGAGAGGUACUCUCAAGUGAAGUCCCUGUUUGCUGGAGCUCUAAAGAAACUAGAGUCGUACCCUCGGUUGUGA